AUGGUAUCUAUUCUGUCUUUUAAUACUACUCGAAUGGAGACUGAAAACAACACUUUCCCACUGCAGGAAAACACAGGCGUCUUGUCUUCUGCUAUUGAACAAAACUUUGAAGAAUGCAAUUGUACUGAAUUCUUAGAAAAUGAUGAUGGAUACACCUUAGUAUUAAAGAAAACUGGUCAGCGUCAUAGCAAGAAAGCAGCUUUAAACGAUGCUUUUAGAAGCGAAAUGGCUUUGCUGCUCUAUAUGCUGAUACCUUCUAUACUUCACACAGUUGUACUAAGAUAUUUAAUGAAUGAUGAUGCGGAGUCUAAUGUAAUCCAAAAAUCUGGAUCUGGGGAAGUUCUUGCUCGUCAGUCUGACUUACCCGUUUUAGAUAUCUCCCCUAUGCCAUUCGACAAUAUGUUUGUAUAA